CUGGACCACGGCGCCUCGGUGAACCAGACCACGCUGACCAACUCCACGCCGCUGCGGGCCGCCUGCUUCGAUGGGCACCUGGAGAUCGUGCGCUACUUGGUGGGGGAGCGCGGGGCGGAUCUGGAAGUAGCCAACCGGCACGGACACACUUGUUUGAUGAUCUCUUGCUACAAAGGGCACCGGGAGAUUGCACGUUACUUGUUAGAGAAAGGGGCUGAUGUCAACCGCCGGAGCGUGAAGGGGAACACGGCCCUGCACGACUGCGCUGAGUCCGGCAGCCUGGAGAUCCUGCAGCUCCUGCUCCCCAACAUCGUGGAGUACCUCAUCCAGGGGGGGCUGCAGCAGGAGGAGGAGGAGGUUGCGGGGAGCCAAAAUGGGACCUGUGCGUCAGGUGGGAGCCGUCAGAGGUGCUGUGGCGCUGGCAAGGAAGCUCCUCAGGGCUGUGAUGAAGAGCCGUGUGAGAGAUGUUGCGCCUCGGCUUCCAGUCAGGAUGAGCAGCAGGUCCCUAACGUGUUCUGCACUCGAGAGGCUGCUGUGGGAGCACUGGGUGCCACCUUUGUGGAUAAGAAACGAGACCUAUUGGGAGCCCACAAGUACUGGCGAAGGGCGAUGGAGCUUCGGUGUGAGGGGGGGCAAUACCUGCCUAAACCUGAGCCCCGGCAGCUGGUGCUGGCCUACGACUAUUCCCGGGAAGUGAGUUCGCUGGAGGAGCUGGAAGCCUUGAUCACUGAUCCGGAUGAGAUGCGCAUGCAGGCGCUGCUGAUCAGAGAGCGCAUCCUGGGGCCUUCCCACCCUGACACUUCCUAUUACAUCCGUUACCGAGGAGCCGUCUACGCUGACUCCGGCAACUUCGAGCGCUGCAUUAACCUGUGGAAGUACGCCCUGGACAUGCAGCAAGGCAACCUGGAGCCUCUCAGCCCCAUGACUGCCAGCAGCUUCCUUUCCUUUGCUGAGCUUUUCUCUUACGUGCUUCAGGACCGCUCCAAAGGCACUUUAGCGACUCACCUGGGCUUCUCGGACCUCAUGGGAGUACUAAGCAAAGGGGUCCGGGAGGUGGAGAGAGCUCUUGUGCAUGGCAAGGACCCUGUAGUUGACUCGGCACAGUUCACCAAGACACUGGCCAUUAUCCUCCACUUGGUCUUCUUGCUGGAGAAGGUGGAGUGCAGCCCGGAGCAGGAGCACCAGAAGCGCCAGGCCAUCUACCGCCUGCUCAAGUGCAGCCCCCGGGCCAAGAACGGCUUCACUCCCUUGCAUAUGGCUGUGGACAAAGACACCACAACAGUGGGACGUUAUCCCGUGGGCAAAUUCCCCUCGCUCCACGUGGUGAACUUGCUUCUGGAGUGUGGGGCUGACCCAGACAGCCGUGACUAUGACAACAACACCCCGCUGCACAUCGCUGCCCGCAACAACUGCCCGCUCAUCAUGAGUGCCCUGAUGGAGGCUGGAGCCCACAUGGAUGCCACCAAUGCCUUCAAGCAGACUGCUUAUGAGCUGCUGGACGAGAAGCUGCUCACCAAGAGCAUGAUGCAGCCCUUCAAUUACAUCACCCUCCAGUGCCUUGCUGCUCGCGCCCUGGACAAGCACAAGAUUCCCUACAAGGGUUUCAUCCCCGAGGAGCUGGAAGCCUUCAUUGAACUGCAUUAG